GCCGUUGAAUGUAGUUUAGCGUUGAAAAUUGUGAUGCUCGCGUUUGAGUGCUGACUACUUGAAUACAAAAUAAUACAGUUUGAAUUAUUGGUGUUUGAAUGUGCAAAAUAAAUGCAAUAAAUAUAAAAUAUACGUACAUAUAAAAAUAUAAAAUAUUGAAUGCAAGUGAAGUGAAGUGCGUGAAAUUAGUGGAAGAGUAGUGAAGCAGUUUGGGAAGUCUUGUGGUUAAGCAGAGCAAGUGGCUCCGCAACAGUGAAGUGUGGAUGAUCCGUCUUUAUAAAAGUAAAACAAAGUCAAAGUUGUGCGGAGGUGGCAUUCAAUUGUUGUGGCUAACAUUGUGCUAAUUCUUGGCCGAAAUACACGUAAAUAAGAGGCGUCAGCUGUGUAGGAGAAAAGAGGAGGUAUUUGAAAAUUGCAUAAACACGCGCCCGUGCGGCGUGCGGCGUGCCACUAUGUGCUAACGGUAAUUCACAAGUGUCUAGCAAAUCCGCUGCAAGGCUAAAUAACAACAACAACAACAACAACAAAACCGCCGCAAUAACGCCGACACAAAGUCUACAGUUACGUGGCGUGCGUGCUCGUAUGCGCGUUUGUGUGUGCGCGUGUGAGUGUGAGUGUGUGUCAGUGCACGGGAAGUGAAAGCCGGAAAAAGGAAGUGCAGUGAAAGUGUAUUUCAUCUAAAUACUUACACAUACAUACAUACAUAAAUGUGAAUCGCACUGCAGCGUGCAGCAUACCAAGUGCUAAAUAACGGAGCACAAAAACAAAACAACAAAUUCCUUAACAACGACUGCAUAGUCGAGGGCGCGCAACAUUACCUUCCAUUUACUCAUUUUCACUGUCUUCUCUAUGAAGUUAGCGCAGAAACAGGUGAAAAAGUGCAAUAAAACUGGUGUAGCAGAAAUCAAGAAAACAAGUGGAAAUCCUGUAAAAGGAUUUUAAAUUUUUUAUCCACUUGAAAAACGAAAAAAAGUGUGAGAAAAGUUUUCUAACCGUAUUCUCGCGCGAGCAACGUAGCUACUAAAGAAGUGUGUGUGCAGCACUACAAUUAGAAGAAGAAGAAGAGAUAAGAAAUCGAGUUAAAAAUUAAAACCUUAUUUGAACCAAAAAGAAGAAAAAAAAAAUUAAAAAAAAAAAAAAAUAAAUAAAUAAAAAAAUAAAAAAGGUAAAUAAACCGAAAUUAAAACAAAAAAAAAAACAUUUCAAAAAGUGCGCUAACUGUCGAAAGCAGCAAAAAGAGCGUUGUAAACUGAAAGCAACGGCACAACUUACGCCACAUUUUUCCUGCGCUGUUUGGCGAAUUAAGCAGGAAAUGGAUUAACAACGAAGUGUAGAUUCUCACAUUUGUCGCUCCACUGCGCCAAAGCUUGGAUAUAGCAACACUUUUUUCAACUGUUGGAAGUAGCAAAUCAUGAUCCUACGACCAUGCAGAUAAAAAUAAUGGAUACAAAAAUACAUUUCUGGGUCAUCCUCCUGAUGACAAUUUUCAUCGAGAAUACAUCGGUGGCAAAGCGUCUGAAUGCCAGUCAAGCUUUCGAUGACACGUGGAAUACCGCUUCCGAUCUGGAGAAUGAACUCGAAUGCAUGUUGCAGCAAAAGCGUGCCAAAAGCAGCAGUAGCGGCAUCUCAUCGGCGACGUCAUCCGGCAGCAAAGAUGGCCAAUGGUCUGGCUGGUCGGAGUGGUCGACGUGUUCACGUACCUGCGAUGGCGGCAUUAUGCAACAAAUACGCCGCUGCUACAACACAAACGGUUGCAAGGGCGAGAGCGUACGCUAUCGCAUCUGCAAUAUGCAGCCGUGUCCGGAGCAACAAGACUUUCGUGCGCAUCAGUGUGCCGCCUACAACGAUGUACCCUACGAUGGGACGCUCUACACGUGGACGCCACACUACGACUAUGUGGAGCCAUGCGCGUUAACAUGCAGAGGGCGUCCAGCACAUUUGCAUUUGGGAGACAGCUCCUCUUCCGAGACCGAAGGCGUUGAAGAUCCCGAACACUACGACGAUCACGUGAUCGUUCAGCUGUCGGCGCGCGUUCAAGACGGCACCCGCUGUCGGGCGGGUAGCCUCGAUAUGUGCAUACAGGGCAAAUGCCAGCGCGUGGGCUGUGAUUUGAAAAUCGGUUCAACGAAAAAAAUCGACAGUUGUGGCGUCUGUGGUGGCGAUAGCAGCUCCUGCUCGCAGCCACUCUAUUAUUGGGAAACAGCACCAACAACACAAUGCUCGGUGACAUGUGGCGGAGGCUACAAGAUGUCUCGUCCUGUGUGUCGAAAUCGUGUCACUGGCGUGGAAGUCGAGGAUGCCAUGUGCAGUGGUCCCCAGCGGCCGGAACCAUCGGUGCUACUUUGCAACACGCACACCUGUCCACCAAGGUGGCUCACCGAUGACUGGAGUCCGUGUAGUCGCCUUUGUGGUGCUGGAUAUCGCGAGCGCAUGGUUGUUUGUGCGGAGGAGAAUAAUGGCAUCAAGACAACGGUACUGGAUGUGAUGUGUCGAGCGCCAAAGCCAGCCACGCAGGAGCCCUGCAUGAUUGAGAAGUGUCCUACGUGGGAGGUGGAAGAUUGGACUGGAUGCUCGGUAACCUGCGGCCAAGGCUUACAAAUGCGUGGCGUUGAAUGCAAAUCGGCUGAUGGCAGACACAGCGCCAAAUGCGACCCACUUACGAAACCCGCAUCGGUGCAGCAAUGCUCGACGGGGAUAUCUUGUGAUGGUGGCGGUACAAUUAUACUCGGCAGCAGCGGUCCUCUCGCAUCGUCUGAUGACGGGGAGCUGGAUGAGGAAGACGAUGAGGAUGACGACGAUUCGGCGGAUGUUGAAGAUGUGGAAGAAGGCGGUGACGAGUCUGGCGAUGCGCGCAAUGAUGAUGCGGGUUUGGUGUCGUAUCGCGAUGAGCCCGCACCACAGUACGCGCACCGCUCGAUCAGUCAUCUGCAUCACGAUGAGCCGCAACAGCCGCGUGCCGAACGUCUCACUAGUGGUGGUGGUGGCGGCGGUGGCGGCGGAUAUGGUUAUCGCAGUAAAUCCGAUGCCGAAUCCAAAGUACCAGUUGGUGAUCCAAGCUUCGUCAAGGACACCGAGUGGUCAGCGUGCAGUGUCACCUGUGGCGAAGGCGUCCGUCGACGAGUGUAUCGCUGUAAAAUCUUCCUUGAAUACUCUCGUACCAUUGCCACUGUCAACGAUUCGCUUUGUGAGGGCAUCAGACCACACGAUGAAGUUGAGCGUUGCGUCGAGGAACCUUGUGUUCUCUCACACAUCUACGACGAACAAUUUCCACGCGACUCGAUUAAAGUUGGCGUCUCCGAGCCGGGCAAAACAUAUGUGUGGCGCGAGCAUGGCUACACUUCGUGCAGUGCCAGUUGUUUGGGUGGUGUUGAGGAGUUAAUAAUUAAUUGCGUUCGUGAGGAUAAUGGUCGCGUAGUAUCGCCAUUCCUGUGCACACCUGAAACGAAACCAGAAUCGCGGGUGCGCACCUGCAACGAUCGACCAUGCCCACCGCGUUGGAAUUACUCCGACUACACACCCUGCUCGAAGUCGUGCGGCAUUGGCAUUAAAACACGUGAAGUGCAAUGCAUUCACGAAGUAACGCGCGGCGGUGAGAAUACAAUGGUUGUGCCGAAUAGUAUGUGCCCACAGCCGCCACCAGCCGAUCGCCAGUAUUGCAAUGUGCUCGACUGUCCAGUGCGCUGGGAAGUAGGCGAAUGGUCGAAAUGCUCGCACACCUGCGGCUAUGGCAUCAAGGAGCGGAAGGUGGAGUGUAAACAGAUAAUGGCACAGGAACAUAAAAUCGAACGACCCGAAUCGAUGUGCCCCAGUGCGAAGCCACCAGAUAAGAAACCAUGUAAUGUAAAACCCUGCCCGCUGGAAGAUCCAAAGCCGGUCAUACAAGUCAGCAAUACAACGCAUAUUCAACAUGACCCAAAGAAGUCGAAAAUCACACUUAAAGUUGGUGGUGCCGCCGUCGUUUUCUUUGGCACGCAGGUGAAGAUAAAGUGUCCCGUGAAACGUUAUAAUCGUACAAAGAUAAAGUGGAGCAAGGAUCACAAACCGUUAGCGCGCUCAAGGAAGUUCAAGGUGUCUAAGAAAGGCGCGUUACGUAUAAUGGACAUAACAUUCCGCGAUGCUGGUGUGUAUUCGUGCCAUGCGGGACAUAGUUCUGCAGAGAUCAACAUUGAGGUGAAAGCGAAACCUGGACAACAGCCAGAGGAGCUCAAAUUGCAAGAAUCAGAACGCUUGGUGCGUGAACGCGAUGGUACUGAAGCUUUAACCUCUGCAGAUAUGACGACAGUUGGAGACGGAACAAACAGCUCACAAACCACACGCAACAAACAGCAAAACGGACGCGAACGCAAUCGACGACCCAAAACCGAUGAGCCACAAAAUGUGGAUGGCAACAUCAUGGAGAAUGAGCAGUCGCAAUUAGUGCAGCAAGUCGGCGAAGAUGCUGCCGUCGGUGGUACGGCGAAAUCGGCAAGCGCCAGCAAUGGCGGCAGUCGUGCCAACGUUUUACUCGCCAUGCCAUACUUCCAGGCGCUACUCAGCAAUUUGCAGCACUUGUGGCCUUUUCAGAAAUACGGUAAUUCGAGGGGACAUCACAUGCUGCUCGACAAAGGCCUACAAUUCGGUAUUGAUUUGGAAAAUUUCGAACAGGACGAACCGGCUCGACCACAAAUCGACACUAAGGAUCUACAAGCACUAACAUCAGCAGAAGCAGAAGCAGCCGCAACAGCAACAGCAGCAGCAUCUGAGGCAUUCGCUUCGUCAUCGCUUACAGCAAUGGACACGAAUGGCAGCAACAAUGAGUGGCAUGAACAGGAAGCAACAGACCAUAUAAGCGCCAUCAUCAACACAAUAACAACAACAACAAUGCCGCCAUCAGUUGGUAAGUCGAUAGCCGCCGCAACACAUGAGGCCGACUCGCCACAUUCACCGCACGCCAGAUGGCAGAAGCAAGGCGACACAGAGGGUGCAGUGGCAACAGCGGCACCCAGUAAUCAUGUCACGUACGAAUGGCGCAUCAGUGACUGGUCUGAGUGCUCGGAGAAGUGCGGCAAUGCGGGUGGUGCAGGUUUACGGCGUCGCUCAAUCACUUGCUUACGUUUACGCCAUCAUUUGCCCACCCAAAACGCCCUGGAAUCGCACGUUGAAGCGGACAUCGAAACGGUGGAUAAUGGGUACUGUCUGGAUUAUGGCCUGAACAUUCCCGACACGUUCGAAGGGUGCGGUCAAGAGGAGUGCGCCCGUUGGGAGACUAGCGAGUGGACGUUAUGUCAGCGUUCGCGUUGUUUUGGCCGCAACACAGCCAUACAAAAGCGUGAGGUUAAGUGUCGCUAUGCGAAUGGCACGGAGGCGACGGACGCCUGUAGUGUGGCACAGCGUCCCAUUAGUCGACAGGAGUGCUACAGUGAACGUUGCAAGGGCGUUUGGCGUGUCGAGCCAUGGUCGGAGUGUAAUGCGCAAUGCGGUCGCCAGGGAAUCAAAUACCGCAUUUUACAGUGUGUUUGGUAUGGCACACGACGACCGGCGGGCAAUGCUUGUCGCCAUCAGCCGCGUCCGGCGGUGAUGAAAGUGUGCAAGAGUCCGCCCUGCUUUACGAAAACUUUUGAGCAAUGCCAAGACACUUCCCGGUAUUGCCGCAAUGUGCGUUCGAUGGGAUUGUGUCGAUUACAUCGCUACCAAGAAAAAUGUUGUAAAUCCUGCAAGUUCAAUGCCUAUUACAAUUAACGACAACUGUUGGCGAGGAAGGCAAGGCCCAUACCUUGUCGAGGCUGAGACUGAGCCCAAAGACGAGGUUAACUAUUGGUUGCGUAUAGCAAAGCUAAAGCACCCAGAGCCAUAAAACAAACUCAUGCAAAACAAAUUCCAAAGGAAGCAAACCAGCAACAAUUCAACAGCAGUCAGUGGGCAAACCCACAAAACCGAAGGCAAACAAAUAAUCGUUGGAACAUUACUACUACAUAUAUUCAUACACAUACAUAUAUAGUUCAUAUAAACACAAAAGUAAGUGUUUAUUUAUUUGCAUCUUCUACAUAUUCGAGCCAAAUGAUCAAAGCGUAAUUGAAGCUGCCAAUAUAAAGUCGAUUCUUCUAUGUCGAUUCUCUAGCAUAGCGCGUACUGUACAUACAUACAUAUGCACGUGUAUUAGUAAAUAUAUACGCACUUUUAUUGAUGUCUGCCAGUCUGCCAGUCAACAGCAAUUCAAUACUAGCAAAUAUGUUUCAAUGAAAAUAAAAACAGUUUCAAACACAUCUAUGCUGCAGUUCAAUGUCCUUGCCACAAAAAAAACAACAACAACAAAUAACUAAAAGGGAAUAUUGUGUGUAUGUAAUAUUUAUGAAAAGUUGUAAGUAUAGAUUAAAUUUGUUGCAAAACUUAACCUUUAUAAUGUAAAUACUAGAAAAUAAACAAAAGACAACAACAACAAACACACCCGCUCUAUGUUUGUUGGGGGAAAAAAUCAAACAUAUUAAAAUAUAAACAAAAAAAUAUGAAAUUUAAGUGUAAGUCUAAAAAAAUAUUGUAAUAAAAAAUAAAACCCAAUAAUUAACUAUAAAUUGUAUGAGUUUUGCUACAGAAACAAUUAAAAAAGCGGGAUUUUCACUCUUUUGUAUUGAUUUUUUUUAAAGAAAACUAUGAAAAACGAUUAAUUACCGUUAUUACUUUGUAUAAAAAAAUAGAAAAAUCGAAAUAUAUGUAAAUGUGUAAAAGAAAGCUAAGAGAACAAAGCAUGUUGCAACAAAAACAAAACUACAUGCACACACACAUACACAUGCAUGGUGGCAAAUACUCUGAUACAUUCGUUUACAUGCAAAUUACACUAAUUAUAAAUAAUUGCCAAUAUGCGUGAGACGUAUAUGUAUAUGUAUGUGUGCGUACACACAUACAUGCAUAUUCAUGUGUAGUUGUAACGUAGAAUGUACUAAAGUGGCUUGCUUGCAAUGCAACACUCACAAAAAUUGUUAUUACAAAAUAUUUGCAAAAGGCAUUCAAACUCAAAAAUACAACAUAAACACAAAAUGCAGCUGCAAUGCGAAAACUAGAAAUAUUCAUGUGUGCAUGGUUAUGUUAAAAUUAUUUGCAUACAAAAAACAAAAAUAAAUCAUUUUUAAAACAAAAAUCGUUCUUACUUAAGUGCUGACUUAGAAGUUAUCGAAGCGAUUGCGCAGGGGGAAGAAGCGAAAAACAAAAACAGAAAAACACAAAAAAGCAAAACAAAAAACACAAAAACAAAUUUAUGGGAAAACAAAAAGUGAAGAAGAGAAAAGGGAAAAACUGAUAAAAGACAAACAAAAAGUAGGUUAAUAGUUAAGAUGAAGAAAAAUGAUAUUUGAUGUGCAGAAAACGAUGGCGCAGCUGAUGAAGAUGAAGAUGAAGAUGAUUAUUAUUACUAUUAUUGUAUACAAAAUAUAUAUUUAACAAAUGAAAUUAUUAUAUACAUGCCUACAAAUAUUUUUUUUGUUUUUCACCUUAAGUUAAUUUUUACGUUGGCCUUUAAGGAAAUAUAAAAUUAAAAAUAAAUAAAGCAAAAGAAAAAGUUAUGAAGAAAGUUAAAAA